CCUUUCCCCUUGUCCGGGUGAUCCGCUCUCUCUCUCUCUGCUCCCCCAAAUCCCUAAACCCUUGUCCCGAGAUCCCCAGGAACCCUAAUUUUGCUCCCCGGAUCCCCCUGAAUUUGCUUCUGUGAAAUCAAGCUUCGAUUCACUACUACUCAUGGCUGAUCAGCAAUCCGUGGAUUCCUCUGCUCAGUUCGAUGAUCUGCAUCACUCCCACUCUUCUGCUGCUGCUUCUUCCUCAGAUCCGACUUUCUCCAGGAAUCUUUCCUCUAUACGGCUCAACGCCGAAGCUCCCGAAUUCGUGCCUGGUCGAGUUACUCCCUCGCCGCCGCCUCCGCCGCAGCCGAGGAUGAUGAUCCCGGCUCCUUCGCCGCCGGGCGUGCUUCAUAUGUACCACCAUCCGCCACGGUUUCCUGUUCCGAUUCAGGGGCCGGUAACAAUACCGCCUCCGCCUCGCUUGGUCCCCGUGCAGAAUCACCAUCCUCAUCACCUUCCCCAUCACAUCCCUCAUCAUCACAGUCGUCAUGUUAGUCAACAGUUUGUCCCGGUGCGGAAUCACGGCCAUCACGAUUAUCAGCAGCCCGGUGGAGGUGGGGAUCAGGAUUCGGAUGUGGUUGCAAAGAAAGGCGAUCACGAUAGCCGGAAAGACCAUAGGAAGGAUCCUAAGAAGGAUCAUGGCGAAAGCGGCGCUACUGUUUCUAUUGAUCCCAGGAGUGGUUUACCCGAGGAUACUGUCCAGAAGAUUGUGAACCAGGUUGAAUACUAUUUCAGCGACUUGAAUUUAGCUACCACAGAUCAUCUAAUCAGAUACAUCAACAAGGACACUGAAGGAAAUGUGCCAAUACAUGUGGUUGCAUCUUUCAAGAAGGUUAAAGCCGUCAUUAGCAGUAAUUCACAGCUUGCUGCUGUGUUGCGGAGCUCCUCAAAACUUGACGUUAGUGAAGAUGGAAAGAAAGUUAGACGUCAACAUCCAAUUACUGACUCUGCAAUAGAAGAACUCCAGUCCCGCAUAGUUGUUGCUGAAAAUCUACCUGAAGAUCAUUGCUAUCAGAAUCUGAUGAAGAUUUUCUCAGCAGUUGGAAGUGUGAAGAACAUCCGCACCUGCCAGCCUCAAAAUUCGGGUAGUGGUGCUCCAUCGGCUUCAAGAUCAGGCAAAAGUGAUGGUGCUCUUUACACUAACAAGGUACAUGCAUAUGUCGAGUACGAGACAGUUGAGUUGGCUGAGAAAGCAGUAGCCGAAUUAAACGAAGAAGGAAACUGGAGAAGCGGUCUUAGAGUCCGGUUGAUGCUAAAACAUCAGACGAAGGAGCAAAAACAAGGUCAAGGACGAGGUAGGAAAGGACAUGAAGUGGAAGCACAGCAUGAGGAAGAUGCUGCUGCUACUACCGCUGCUACAUCUGAGCAGCAGCAGCCAAACGGGAAACAAACUGAAGAGUGUUUAGGAGAGUGGGAUGGUCCAGAGCGUAUGGUCGCUGAGGAGGAGCACGGGAACGACAAGGGAGGUGGGCAGAGAAAAGGGCGUAACCGAGGCAGGGGGAAGGGGCGUGGGCGAGGUGGUCAACCCCACAGCCACAACCACAACGGACGUGGGAAUCACUCCCACCACGUGGGGACGCAGCCUACAAACAAUGGAGGGCAGCAGCCGCAACCACCACCGCCAGGGCCACGGAUGCCAGAUGGAACCAGGGGUUUCUCUAUGGGACGGGGGAAAGCCCUCUCGCUCUAACACCGAGAGAGGACUCAGAGGAGGGGGGAAGGGUUCUUUAUUAUGAAAUGAUUCUUGCCAAAACCGGUGGAGAAAAGGAGAGAGAGAUUUGUUUUUACAUGGAAAAGAGCUUAUCCUAUAUAUAUAUAUAUAUAUCCAAGGGAAGGGAGCAUGUGUAGUAUAUGAUUUUGGGUUUA